GCUGCGAUGAGGCCUUCGAAGCCAAUCAGUAGGUAGCAGUCCGCAGUAUAGCGUGUCUGUCUCAGUGCUGUGUACCGUUGGGUCCAUUGACGACCAUCCCCCCAUCCAUCCAUCCAUCCAACCAUCCAUCCACUCCAGUGUGAUUGAUACUCAACCAGCCAGCCACCCACUAAACCAACACUCCUUCCCUCCCUCCCUGUCUGUCUCCCUGUCUGUCUCCCUCCCCCUGUCCAUAUGUGCAAUCACUCAGUCAGUCAGUCAGUCCUGGCAUGUACAGCGGCAGAUAGGCAGGCAGGCAGGCCAUUCUGGACAGCUAUGCACAAGUCACUCAGUCGGUCGGCCAGGCGCACUGGGCAGAUGGGGGGUUAUGCAGUCGAACGCCAAAAGGAAUAAGGGAAAAGAACUUCUCUCUCUCUCUCCAUACCGUCUGGGGGAAAAGGAAACUGCGGCAGAGAAAAGAAGACAUCUCAAUGUGGCUAUCGGUCGGGCAGUCUGUUGGUCGCUCGCUGGCCUAUCUUGAAACGGGGCGAGCACAAAAGCCUCCCUCUCUCUCCUCUCCUCUCCUCGCUGGUCCCUCUCUCCCUCCGGCACACGGCCCCUUCCCCAAAGGCACUCGGUCGCCUCUCACUUGAUCAAUCCAUCAAUCCAUCAAGGCACACACGCAUAGACACAUCCACCCACCCCUCCUGUCUGUACGUCUCCAUCCAUCCAUCCAUCCAUCCAGCCAGCCAGCCAGCCAUCGACACAUGGACCCACCAUGCCCGCCCCCACCUGGUCUGUGUGAGUGUGUGUGGAUACUAGCUAGGACUUGUCAGUGUGCUUUGGCCGAUAGGCCUGCUUGGGCCCGCCCCCGCCGCCCCCCUGGCGCCCAGUUCUGCGACGGCCGUCGCUACGGUCGUGUUUGGGCGAGUUGGUGCCGCCCUGCCCCUGGGUGGUGUCUCUGUGGCUGUGGCUGUGGCUGUCUCUGUGGCUGUGGGUGGUGUAGCUCUGGGACUGUCGGGCCUCGGCCUGCACUAUCUCUUCGGCUGUGCCCGCAGAAACCAUGCCCAUGGCUAGUUCCAUCUGCACAUGGCCACCCUCCCGAACCGCACCACCACCACCACCAUCACCCCUAUCACAACGACCGUUGCUGUUGCUGCUGCUGUCCGCCGCACCGCUACUCUCGGACGGACGGCCACCCCGCUGCUGCUGCUGCUGCUGCUGGCUGCUGCUACUGCUGCUGGUGGCGGCAUUAGCAGCAGAGCUGUCCGCCGGGCGUGACGGCAAGGCAGGAAAGUCGGCAUCAUACGGCAGGGGGUCGCCAGGCGCCAGCCCGCCACGCAAAUUGCCGGACGAGGCCGGUGGGCUGCCAUACGGCGGCGUCUGUGUGGGGCCCCGCGCCCGCUCCUGGUUGGCCUGGCGUGAGUGUGCGGGCGGCCCGGGCGCCUUGCUGCUCGGGCGAGGGGGCGGCUGCUGGGGGCGAGGUGGCACGGGUGCCUGGGGCCCUGGGGGCGCCGGCAGGUUGGCUCGCGGAACUGAGGUGCCUCCAGUGUUGCGGGUGCUGGUGUUGCCUGCUGCGAAGCUGGUGCUGGGUGGGCUGCCGUGUGGGCGUGAGGGGAUGGGAGGCGGCUGGGACAAAGGGGGGAACUCGCAGUGGGGCCAGCCGUCAUCCUGGGGGAAGUCGCAUACACUGCACGCAGGCACGCAGGCAGAGAGACGGACGAGAAGGGUGCAUGCCAUCGGUCGGUUCGGUUGACAUGUACAUAUAUGUGUUGCUGCUGACGAUGUGAUGUGAUGUGAUGUGAUGUACCUACCUUCCCUUCUCAACGCAGGCGGGGCAGUGCGGGGAGUAUUGGGGCGCGUGGAUGGACGACACCUCCUUGGUGUGAUACCUGCACGACGGCUUGUGCCUGUGGAGAGGGAGGGACGGAGGGAGAGAGAGAGAGAAAUGCAUGACGAAUGCAAUGAUUGCACACACGGCGUGGUUCGUUCAUCGUCUGUGUGUUGUGGCCAUGCACCCGCACCAUCUGUUGUCGUGUGCGAAGGGUAUCUUGCGGUUGACGCCACACUCCCAGCAGAACUCGAAGCCACACUUGCAGGUGACGUGGUCGCACUCACCCGCAUCUGAUGGAGGGAUAGACAGAGAGAUGCAUGCCUGUUGGGGUCCUUCUCCCUCCCUCCCUGCCUGUGUCUGUCUGUCUGCACGUACCCUUGUAUCCGCCUCCAUAAGUGCAUCCCGCCCUGGGGCAGGGACGCCAUCCCUUCCUCAUCAACUGCACACACACACAAAGGACAGACAGACAGACAGACAGACAGACAGACAGAAGUCCACACAUGUGUGCGCGAUGCGGUCUCCCCAGUUGGCCGACCCACGGACCUCUCGCUUGAGCUCCACUUCGUUCUUGGCGUUCUGGUUGUUCUGCUCAUACAACUCCGUCAAACGCUCGCGGCACGUCUUGCCUGACACACACACACACACAUACGAGGGGUGGAUGAAUGGUGCGGUGUGGUGUGGGUCAGUAUAUUUGUCUAUGUGACCAGGGUGCGGUCCGUGGUCGCAGUCUGCGCAGAAUCUGUGUCCCUUAAGACACAUGAGGUUGGCGUUGUCGCUGCCGCUCUCACGGCACACCACCUCGCCACACCCCGCAAUCGGACACGACACUAUCGGGACGCUACACCUAACACAACACAAGACACGGAGAGAGAGACACACACCGAGAGAGAGCACGGGCGUCACACGCCGUCCAUAUGCAUCCCUGUCCUGUGUGUGGAGCAAGGUGUGGAGUGUGUGGGUGGUACGGUACACACAUGGUGGCUAUGUUUUGUAGUUUGUCGGCGUCCUGUGGCCCCAGGAUCUCCACAAACAUGCCCAUGAAUCUUUCCAUCUCGAGCCGGAUCGUUCUGUCGUAGCACGAGGGGCAGCGGAGCUUAUCGAACUCACGACUCUCUAACACAGCUGCACGCACACACACACACACACACACACACAUAGCGGUGUUCCUCUAUCUAUCCCUCUCCUUGGAUGAGAGCAUCGCCUACAUGUUCUGAUUGCCGUUGCGAGGCAGUUUUUGCAGAAUCGGUCCUGGCAGGGCAGCUCGUAGCUGCCGCCAAUCUCCAGCCACUCCUGGCUGCAUGCACACACCGCACCAGACACACAAAAUGUGGCACACCACACGGGUGGGUGGGUGUGGUGUUUGUGUCGUGUCGGUCAAUGCAUUGAAUGUCGUCAUUCCAUGGGUCGAUCCCUAAUAGUUACCUACCUACCAGAUUGGGCACUGGAAUUUGCCGCCUAGGUCCUGGAGCAGCUCGGGACAUUUCUCGCCAAACAAACCCUGAUAGACACCAACACAUACAUACGUACGUGCCAACCGCCCAGCCUGGCACCCAGCCUGGCAGCCACUUGUGUGUUACCGCGUAGGUUUCGACUGUUUUUUGGAGCUGCUUGAUCUGGUCUGUGUAGUUGGCCUCAGCCACAUGCAUCUCUCGCAGCCGCUCCCUGAGCUUCUGCUCCGUCUCGCUGGCCUGGGUAAUCUGUGCCGUGAGACGCUGCACCUGUUGGUCCUUGGUCUCGAGCUCGGUCUUGGUCUUCUCCUGGAGGUCCCGCAUGUCCUUGGUCUGCUCCAUGCGGACGUACCGCAGCUGCGUGUCGUAGUCCUGCUGCGCCUUGGACAGGCUGUGCCGCGCCGCCUCGACUUGCUGCAGCAGACGGGCCACCUCCUCCUCGUGCCGCUCCCCACCGUCACGCUCCAUCUGCUCCACCCUGCUCUCGAGAAGCGCCUUCUCGGUGCCGAUCGACUCGACCAGCUGCGCGAGCUCGUCGUUGCGCUCCCUGAUGUCCUGCAGCUGGCCCUUCAUGCUCUCGACCUCGGUGGUCCGCUUCUUGACCUGUUCGUCGAGCUCGUCGCGACGGCUCUCUGCCGCCUUGAGCUGCUCCUGCGUGUGUGUGAGCUGCUCCCGGUAGCCCUGGAUGUCUUUGUAGUACUUGGCGGCAUUCUCUUGGUAGAUGGAGGCCAUCCUGCUCAUGUCGGUGAGCUCCUUGAUGCGCCCCUCGCAGUGGGUGAGCUUCUGCUGGUAGUCGUGGAGGGUCUUCUGCUUGGUGUCCAUCAUCGUGAGGAGGCGGGUGCGCUCGUCGGUGGCCGCCUUGAGGUGCUCCUCGGCCUUGGCGAGGCGCGAGACGUGGUCGUUGUUGCUCUCCCUGAGGAGCUUGAUGUGCCUGUUCUGCUUGUCCAGCUCCUGCUUCUUCUGGUCGCGAUCCGCAGACACCUCACGCAGCUUGAGGUUCAAGUUCCUGACUAUGUCAAUCGCUAUCCUGCACACAACACAAACUCUCGUGUGCUCUCUCUCGUGUGCUCUCUCUCGUGUGCUCUCGUGUGCUGUGUUCUGCUGUCGUGUGCCGUGUGUGGGCACGCACCUAUCAGGUCUGGUUCGUCCCGCGUCGUCCUGGUUGCCCGUGUCACCAUUCGGGAUCGCAUCGUCCGUCGUCAACGGCCGCUUAAGCACAUUCGCCAGCCCCCCACCGCCCCCCGCCACGCCCGUGCGCCCGUUGAGCAUGGCCCCGCCCCUGGCCGACCCCUCGCUGGAGACGUUGCUACCACUGUCAUCGUCGCGGAUGCGGGCACCAGCACGAGUGUGCGGCGCCGGCAGCAGGUUGUGCCCAGGCUUGGCCUGGCCGCCGGUGAUCUCGUGUGCGUGUGGGCCCUGGCGCGGCGGUGGGGGCGGGUGCUUGGGGGCGGGAGGGGUGGUGGUCAGGGGGCCUGGGGGAGGGGGAGGAAUACCGGGACUGACACAGACACAGACACACCCACGACGCAACACAACAGACAACACAACACAACAUGUGCUGGUCGAUGUGGUCGUUGUGUGUGGUGUCAGUCUGUCUGUCGGGUGGCUUGCUUACGGCAGGGCAGGGAAGUAUGUGGUGGCGAGUUUCCGAUAGUCAGGGUCCUGGAAUAGGUCCUGCAGCUUGCCCGUGCGAUGGUCGUUGAGGAGGGCGUAGCCGUCGAGGUGCUCACCCGCCUUGUCCGCUGCCGCCCGCUUGUCGCCCAGCAACUCAACGUGCUUGCCGCGCACCAAGAUGAUGCCGCGCAGCACCUUGGCCAACAAGGGCGACUGGUGGAUGCGGUCGUAGAACUGACACACAGCCACACACACACACACAGCCACACACACACACACACACACCCAAGACACCCAGGCGCAUCAACCACCCACCCCUGUGUGUGCCGUGCGCUGUGCUGUGCUGUCUGACCUCUCUGAUGACGUGCAUAGCGAAUGCGUAUUGGGAGUCGUUGUUCCUGUCCCUCAUGGCGUCCCUGACCAUGACGACAGCCAUGCCGCGGAACUCCUUGGGCAUGGCCUGGUCGCGCAGCAUGACGGCCGUGAACUCCUUGGCCAGCACGUACAGCUGCUGCUGCCUGUCGAUGGUGCUCAGGUUGAGCGUGUCGAUGAGCUUGCGGGUGGGGUGGCGGAAGGCCCACAUGAUGCCCUGACCCUUGCCGGACAUCUGACCCCCGUGAAAGGCUGACGGGUCGGACCGCAGCAGCUGGAGGGUGUUCUGGUACACCUUCGGGGCGAAAUCGGGGUCGUCGGGAGAUGCUGAUGCAUCGACGCAUGGCAACACGAUACACAACACAACACACCACAACAGACAAAUGGGUGCGGGCAUUGGUGUGGGGAGGGGAUGUGAGAUGGAGUGGAAGCGGCAUCUCCUGCAGCAUACCGUUGCAUUGGAUGAGGGUUUCAAGACAUUGGGGGAUGAGUCCACCUCGUCCCGGCUCAUCGACCUCUCGAGGCACGUCUGCACACACACCACACCACCAUCACACACAGCGCACAAACAUCACCACCCAUAUCUGUGUGUGCGCAGCGAAGAUACCCUGUGCUAGGAGGGCGUCAGGAGGUGGAGGUGAUGGGGCGGUGGCAAAGCUGUUGGGCGGGGGAGGGCCCGCGUGGGACCCGACGAGCCCCGGACCACUGAGGAGCGUUGACAUGGCCCUCAGCGCAUCACAGGCCGGGAUGCACACCGAAUGAUGAGUGGAGCGGGAUGCCGGAGGGCGUCAGCCGGAUGCGGGCCUCUGAUGCACACACCACACAGCACCAGAGACGACACAGACAGGUUCGCCAUGGGCGGCAUGCGACCGAAGCCAUGGAAAUGUUGGCAUUUCUUUCGCUAUUCUCUUACUUUUUAAAACGCCGAACGAACAGGGCGAGAGGUGCAGGCGCAGGUUCAAACUACCACACGAGGAAAGGCGGGG